AUGCAUUUCUCUUUCAAACAUGCAAAUCCUUAUAAAUAUGACCAAAACAACAAUCACAACCUAGAACCUACAGUAGUACCCGUUGCCAAACCUCAACGGUUCAAGUAUUACAAUCAUUCAGAAAGUCUUCUGUCAGUGCCCGAAGUCAAAAUCAGACAACCGCAGGUCGAAGACGCUCACUAUGGGCUGCUCUCAGCUCAAGAUUCUACGACCACUUCCUCUGAUUCCUCAAUCCUUCCAUAUGCGGUUCCAGGUUAUGAACCAUCGGCAGCCAUCGUACAGCUUAUUCAACGAUAUAUCGGUCCCGGUAUCCAGCCAAAUCCUUACGCAAGGAAUAGUUGGGAACUGCUGAAACCGUUCAAAAAUAUCGUGAAUUUGAGGUAUAAUCGCAGGAGAUCGUCGCCGGAACCAAAAGUCCUGGUUGACUGGAGAGGGGACAAUCAUCAGUUGAACAAUGUGCAACAAAAGCCAUCACGAAUGAUCAUGAUAUCUCGGUCCACUGGAAAACGCGAGCAAGAAUGGCCCAUACAUCCGCCUUUUCGUGUAAUAAGUAACAGCACGGAAGAUUACAGCCAUUUGGAUUCAAGGAAGGAGAUGGAAGAUACCAUGUCCAUUGAUCCCGUACUUCUUCAAGAUCACGCAUAUGAGGUCUCUACAUCAGCCUCGCACUCGCUGUCUUUGUACUCGAAUCAAGCUUCUACCUCACUCAAAAAUACUAUCGCAUCUGACUCUCCUGUGACUCUCCUGCGCAGUGCAUACGACCCGAACCCGUCUCUAUCUCUAGGCUCCUCAGCUAUGCAGAUUGCCGACUCCGGACCGACUAUUAUGAAUCUUUCCUCGUACGGCUCUUCUCCUUUUCGUUUCAGUAUUCCUUCCAGUCCAGUCAUCCCUUCAUCCCCCCCUUCUACUGUUUCUGUUCCGGUCUCGUCCCCUAUCGCUGGUUCAGGAUCCGCAAAUCGACUGCCCUGCUUUUCGUCGUCACGUUUCUCGAGUAUCGCCAACUCGUCACCUCUUAGGCCUGUUUCUCGACGCGCAAGAACGAGUCAAAAACGUCGUGCAUCAUCGCCAGCGCCAGACUCUGAUCCGCCUCUAUGCCGCCCCGCUCGGGAAUCUAAACGGUUACGAGUUUCUGACUAG